GCGUUUUGUUAUUCACCGUUCACGUGUGUUCUAGAAUUUUCACACACUAUCAGUAUAAGACUACACACUGUGGUACCGGUAUUAUUAACACAUGAAAAUUAGCGGACUGUAUUGUCUUCAAUACGUGAUAUCACAUCGACUUCUUUUUUCUUAAAGAUUGCUAAAGGUACCAGGUACAAACCGUGAAGAAUGUCAGUGGUGGGUCUAGAUGUGGGCACUUUUUCCUCAUACAUUGGUGUGGCCAGAGCUGGUGGCAUAGAAACCAUUGCCAAUGAGUACAGUGACAGAUGCACGCCCUCAUAUGUUUCUCUCGGAGAGAAAAACAGAAGUGUAGGUGUUGCUGCAAAACAGCAGGCUGUCACAAACUUCAAGAACACUGUGUGUGGGUUCAAGAGGGCCAUCGGACGCAAGUUUGAGGACCCCAUUGUUCAGAGGGAACUUCAGAGAAACUUCAAACCGAAUACCGUUACUAAAGAUAGCAAUGGAGAUGUUGUUUUUCAGCUGUCUUAUCUGGGUGAAAACCAGAACUUCAGUGCGUCUCAGCUGACUGGCAUGCUCCUGAAUAAGCUGAAGUUUACUGCAGAGGCUAACUUGAAGACAAAAGUUGUUGAUGUCGUUUUAUCUGUUCCAUCAUUCUACACUGAUGUUGAAAGAAGAGCUCUACUGGAUGCCUGUCAACUUGCUGGGUUGAAUUGUUUGAGGAUUUUGAAUGAUACAACUGCAGUUGCUCUGGCCUAUGGAAUCUACAAGUCGGACUUGCCAGCUGAAACUGAGAAGCCACGUCAUGUUGUGUUUGCUGAUUUUGGCUACUCGUCCUUACAAGUGUCAGCUUGUUCUUUCCACAAAGGGAAACUCAAGGUUUUGGCCACCUCCUUUGACUACCAGCUGGGUGGGCGGGACUUUGACGAGCUCCUGGCCAGUCACAUGACGGAGGAGUUCAAGAAAAAGUACAAAGUCGACGCCAAGACGCGGCCGAAGGCGUAUAUCCGCCUCACCCAGGAGUGUGAGAAACUGAAGAAGCUGAUGAGCGCCAACGUGCAGCCGAUCCCACUCAACAUCGAGUGCUUCAUGGACGACAAAGAUGUCACUGCUUCCAUGGACAGAGCUGCAUUCGAGGAAAUGGCUGCUCCUUUGCUAAAGAGAAUUGAGGAUACCUUGAUGGCUGUCCUGGAUAGCUCAAAACUGAAGUCUGCGGACAUCCACUCUGUGGAGAUUGUGGGUGGGUCCUCCAGGAUCCCGGCCUUCAAACAGUUGGUGCAGAAGGUGUUCAGCAAGGAACCCAGCACAACCCUCAAUGCUGACGAAGCCGUCGCAAGAGGCUGUGCCCUGCAGUGUGCCAUCCUAUCGCCAACAUUCCGGGUCCGAGACUUCAGCAUCACCGACUGUCAGCCGUACCCAGUGUCCUUGUUCUGGCAGCCCCAGAGUCAGAUGGACGAAGACAGCUCACUUGAAGUAUUCUCACGCUUCCACGCUGCUCCGUUCUCCAAAAUGCUCACAUUUUACCGCAAGGAGCCGUUCACUUUGUCUGCGUCUUACUCGAAUGCGAGUGACAUCCCUUUUCCCUCGACAGAUAUAGGAGAGUUCAAAAUCAACGACAUCGUCGCUCAAACCAAUGGGGAGAGUUCCAAGGUGAAGGUGAAGGUCAGGGUGGACAGCCACGGCGUGUUUCGCAUCAUCUCGGCCAGUAUGUACGAGAAGCUGGAGGGUGCGGAGGAGGAAGAGGAGGGGAAGGACAGCAUGGAGGUGGAUGGCGAGGAUGCGAAGAAGAAAGAAGCCAGCAGUGGGGACGCGUCUCAGGUGAACGGAGACCAGAGCGCUUCUGAAAUGGAGCAGUCGAGUGACCAGCAGAACAUGGAAGAGAGCAGCAGUGGGGAACAGCAGAACUCACAAGAGAAAUCUGGGGAUGGGAACUCUCAGGAAGGAGACAAGAAGUCAGGCAAGAAGACGAAAAAGACGGUAAAAACGAUCGACCUUCUUGUGGAGUCCAAGGUCUACCAGUUGUCCAAAACAGAUUUGAAUAAUCUGACUGAGAAAGAGAAUCAAAUGGUGAUGCAGGACAAAAUGGAGAAAGAGAGGGCAGAUGCAAAGAAUGCUGUGGAAGAAUAUGUUUAUGAAAUGAGGGAUAAAUUGUACAGUACUUUUGAAAACUACAUCACAGAGGAUGACCGCAGUUCGUUCUCGCUGAAACUGGAAGACACAGAGAACUGGCUGUAUGAGGAGGGUGAGGACCAGAACAAGCAGGUCUACAUCGAUAAACUGGCAGAGCUGAAGCAAACUGGUCAGCCGGUAGCUGACCGCUACCGUGAGGCUCAGGAGUGGCCUGCAGUCCGGGACGCCAUGGGUUCCUCCAUACAGCUGGUGCGCAAGUUCCUGGACCAGUGGGCUCAGAACGAUGAGAAAUACAACCACAUAGAGAAGGCUGACGUGGACAAGGUGGAGAAACUCCUCACGGAGAAGUCCAACUGGUUCGGCCACCGCAUGACGCAGAUGGCUCAGCUGAAACCUCACGAGAAUCCCGUGGUGCUGGCCUCUCAAGUCAGAUCAGAGAAACAGGUGCUGGAGAACACGUGUCUGCCCAUCAUGAACAAGCCCAAGCCAAAAGUGGACCCGCCCAAGGAGGAGAAGAAGGAGGCGGCGGCUAACCCCGAGGCCGACCAGAACAACAGCGAGAAGUCACAGCCGGCUGCCGACGGGACCAAAGACCCCGAGCAGGAGAUGGAUAUAGACUAACCGCUAGCGCUGGCUAGUUUGGGGGGUAACGGGGGUGGUACUUGCAGUCACCUACUAGCUAAAUUAUUGAGCUGUUUUAUUUUGAGUCGUGAGUUACAUGUUCUUCGUUACAAUUUUUUUUCCUUCCCGAUAGUUUAAGGGUAUAUUGUUGUGUUUAGUGAAGAUUAGUUGCUGGGUUUUUUUCAUGUAUGAUGCCUAGAAUGCGAACAUUCUGAUGUUUUUCACUGUGGUUUUGUUGCUGGUGAUAUAUUCCAGCUGGGGUGGGUUGUCCUCAUGAAAAGCUGAACGUAAUAACAGAAUGUUGUGGGUGGGUCUUCGGAAUGGCGUAUGACCUUAAAAUCUGCGCGACAAUUUCUUCUUAGAUGAGAAAAAUUCUUAUGUUAAAAAAUAACUGUUAUUGAUGAGUAAGUCAUUUCAACUAUGUCUAUGUUCUUCUUUAUUAUGUUGCUUUUUGUGAGUAACAUUUUCCGUAGUAAAUCAUUGCUUCGCCAGGGUUAUUUUGUAGGUACACCUAUUUCAAGCAGCGGCAAUCAUUUUGAGUAACUUCCAAUGUAGGUUUCAGCUGAUAAUACGUUUCAUUACUUUUUUUUAAUGCAUGCAUGCGUACAUGGUCGCACGGUGAGAUUAUUGUGGUUCUGUAGUCUCCGACAAGCUUGGCCAUGAUGAGGCUGGUGUGGGCAGACCUUUCUGCUCACGAAGAGCCACUUUCAUUUGUGAAAUGAUUUUGAUGUUGUUGUUUUCAGUUUUGCCAUAAAUGUGAUUUUUGUUUGUGUUUGCAGUCAGGGCUAGGGUUGGAACAAGAGGGGCAGGAUCUGCCUUAGGAAUGAUUAGGCACACAAUUUUGAUGUUUCACAAAAACGAUCCGUUUGUUUUUUAGUUUUCCCUGAGAGGUAAAAAAGAAACGAGUUGGUCAGAGCUUCAUGAGAUAUUGUGUGCGAGAAACAGUUUUAGGGUCUUUAGUGCCCCCCUUGUUGAGAUUUUACAAGUUGUUAUUCAUAUUCACUUAUUUGUUUGAGCCGGACUUGUGUUUUGUGUGAUGUUUCAAGUACAGUAUGUGACAUCAGUACGUCGUGUUGAUCUGUAUUUUACAAUAUUUAAAAGUUACUACUAACUGUUAGCGGCUGCCAGGGUUUGGACAUUGUAUUGGCUUGGAAGGGCAGGGAAUCAUAAUCUCAUGGCAGAAGGGUUAUUUAUCCAUGAUAGCAAACAAAGUAGUGUGAUGAUGCAGUUAUUUCAUAUAUAGGGAAAAUGCUAUACCCCAAGUUGUGUCCUUUGGCUUCUCACUCUGCACUCACGAGGGACCUGCCCUCCUCUCCACUGGGAAACGGGGGGGAAAUGUGGGUUCUUGAACCAAGUUUCUACUCCCGAUGAUACAACCAUGCCUCGCAUGAAAUUGUGUCAAGUUUUGAAUGGGAAUAUGGUAUUUAUUCUGUUUCCCCCCUCUCCUUUUGUGGUCCUCUAAAAAUCUUGGCUAACUGAACUUUUUGAUAGAUGGGUGUCUUUAUGUGUUUUUUCCAAGAGGUAAUUGCGACUAGAACCUGCCAUGUAAUUGUUGGGGGGUUUUUUGUUUUGUUUUUUUCCUGCUUUUGUGUUGUUUGUUUGCAUGGGAUGCUUCGGGUGGGGCACGGUACUUGGCUCAUGUUGAUGCCGGGUUCGCUGUCUUCUUUUGAGUCACAUUGAUUGUCAGUACCAGUCUUUUCUGUGAGUGCUGGAGUUCUUUGCUCCAUUUUUUUUUUUUUCUUAGACUGGUUCAUGAAUCCAUCAUCUCAUACUUUUUGUAGUAAUAAAUCUCCUUGCAAGCAAAUCUUAUAUUAUGGUCAUGAGUAGAAAUUCUUUUGCUUUAUUCAACUGUUUUAUACUGACCUUUGGACAAAUUGCUCUCUGUGGUAUUUUUACUCGAUGAACUGUGGAGAAAAGGUGUUUUCAGUUGGGUUUUAGAUUCACGCGUUUGUUAUUUCUUGUACACUUCACCAGUAAACCCUGGCUGCAGUGUCUG